UAGCCUUUUUGUACAAUACUGAACUGCCGUAUACCGACCCGCCAUGCCUUCGCUCGGUUCAGUAAAUUCAUCUGAUUAUCGUUGACAGCUAGCUCCACUUAAUUGUUGGCAGUCGCAACGUGCGUGGCAGUAGCAACGGUAUAGCAUCGCCGAACAUGGCGUUUGUAUCCAGCUCAGGAAUAGCUCUAUGGACAGUUGUGAAACAAUCUCGGGCGUUUCAGAUCAUUCUCUUCAUCCUGCUACCGUUACUGGUCAUCCUGCAGUUCUCGUCGUAUGACGUCACCGGUAUUCGCAGCAUUACGGUGCCGUUCUUCCAGUCCACUACCACCGUUAAAAACGCCGCGUACCAGCGCUUAAUACAAGGGGAUAGCGCAGCGGCAACCGGCUUCCAGGGCGACAUGUCCCUGUAUUCCUUGACGGUGUGCGCGAUGGUACAUAACGAGAUUCCCUAUCUCAUCGAAUGGAUCGAGUUCCACCGUCUGCAGGGUGCAGAUCAUUUUGUUCUAUACAACUAUUUCAGCCGCGAUCUCGUAGAGUACAUUCCGUUGCUGUACGAAUCCCGCAACGCUAACGUGACCAUCCGGGUGCUACCGGCACGGUUUUUCGGGAAGAACCAGGAGAGUAGCGACUAUUCAGGAACGUCCACAUUAGCCAUGGUCGACUGCUACAUUCGCUAUCGCAGCCAGUCGGAUUGGCUGCUCUUCACGACCGCUGGACAUUUUACUUAUUCCAAUAAGUAUGACUCCAUCGAGGAGUUUCUGGAGAAAGACGGUGCGGACGCCACAGCCAUCCAGAUCGCCAGCGUCAAGUUCGGCACUUCGGGUCAGCAAAAUAUCUUUCGCUCCUGGGUAUCGCCCGAUUCAUAUUCCGGGGGUGUGGAUCUUUUAUAUGAGCCGUGGGGCAAUUCUUCCGAUACAUAUCCACUGGUUCUGACUACAAACACUCGGCGGGCACCGCAUCGGAAUCUGGAUGAUAAGUUCGAAGACGUGGAAGCGUGUAAAGACAGCGAUAAAAAGAGGCCCGUGGCAUGUAGCGAAUCGAGCAGUGUGACGUUGAUUAGCGGUCGGCGCUACUGUGACCGCUCCAACAUUACGGAAUGCCUGUCGCCCCGGAUGAAUGUCCUCACUCCCAGCAUGGACGCUCUGCGCGCCGACGAUCACACAUGGCGUUCCACCAGUCAUGUCCAACGGUUGAUCGAGCUGGGAGUGGCCACAUCUAGCCAAUCCCAAGUGCUGGACGACACCUGGUAUUCUCGCAUUCCCGACGGUCGAAAGAGUGAAAAAUACGGCGCGAAGGUCGCCGAAGCUGUUCAAGCGUUGAAACCCAAAAUCUUUCUGGAAGUAGGACGGGAGUGUGAUGCCGGUGCCCUGCAGAGGGGUCAGCAGAUGUUGUGCCCGGCGACACAUCCCUUUCCUUACGGAAUAUUUGGUGUCCGGUACUUGCGGAACUGCUGUAAAUUCGACAGGGAUUGGGGAAACAAUACCAUGACCAUACAGUCCGGAAGUUGCCUGAAUGACUCACAUAUCGAGUGCAAUGAGCCCGUGGGGACCACGCGGUGGCUGCAUCGCAGUUGUUGUGUAUAUACCGAAAAGGAUGCGCAGACACAUCCCAUCAUCAGUGUUGAGAAAAAGACGCGCUGAUGCCGCGCGAUAAUGCUAGCAAUUAAGAGCAUCUGAUGACGAAUUUUAACCCCGGUCUUCAGUAAACUGGUUUCGGGUUAGUUCAUCUCUGCCCGGUUUGUCAUAAAAUAUUUGUGAAUACCCUUUACUUAGUUAGUAAUUUUCUCCACAUGGUAAUUUAAG